AUGAGUGCUCUUCCUGAUGCUAGCGUUUCAGAUGUUAGUCCGCAGUUCGGUUGGUAUCAGCCGCGGUACCUGGAAAGACGCGAACCGCCUAUGAGCACCUUCCCGUCACUUUCCAAGGUUGUAGUGAGCACCACCCUUGAUGGUAAGAUUAGUGAUGAGGAAGCGGUGAAGCGGCGGGUCGCGCUUGGGUUCGCGUGGGAGCGCGUCAGACCGAUUGAAGAAGUUUGGAAUGGACCACCUAUGAGUGAUAAAGUCCCACCAGCAAAGGAUUAUGAGCGGCUACUUCUGGGCGGAUCGGGGGAAGAAUCUGAAAUGAAAGCACUUUAA